CCAUCCGCCAUUAGUCAGGCUUCUUUCCUUCAUCUCCUCUGCCAUUUUGUUUCAUCAUUUUGCGGUCGUGUUAUUAACGUUAUCUAUCUGUUUUCGCUAUUAUAGUGAUUUCUGUUUUUAUUGCUGUUUGUGGUUGUUGCAGUUAAAUAAGUAGAAGAUGGCCAACCAAAGACCUCAGGGGGGCGGUCGCCGCAUGGACUACGGUCACAAUGAUCGCGGGAAGAACUUCGGGCGUUCCGGAGUAUCGCCAUGGCAGGGGGGUGGGCCAAGCGGCUCCUUACCUAACCUUUUACCGCUUUCCGGUGUCCCUACCGAAGCUACGCUGGCAUUAGCCAGCAAUAUCAUCAACUUGCUGCAGCCGCGGCAGAACCCUGUACCGUCUCUCCUAGACAUGCCAAUGAGACGGGACUUCGGACCGGACAUGGGCCGUUAUGACAGAGGUUAUGGUGGUCCUAAUCGGAUGGGCAAUCAGGGUAAUUUCCGGCGUACGGGGAAUUACAACAGUCGCACGGGUGAGCGUAUCAACAUGAAUCGUAAGCCGUUCAGGCCCAAUGAUGGGCGCCACCACCACAAGAACUCCCCGAAAAAGGAAGCCGAUUCCAAGGCUAAACCUGUCAAGGAGAGCGAAGACAAAGACAAGGACUCGAAAGAUGAUGACUCUAAGAAGGAAACCCCGAAGACCCGCUACGAUGACAUUGACGCCCAGCUACUGCGGUGCCACAUCUGCCACAAGAGCAUGUGGGACGGCAGGAGCUUCGAGAACCACCUGAGCGGCCGGGCCCAUGCGAUCAUGAUGCAGAAGACUGCGGAGAGCUAUGCGCUCACUGCUGAUACUAUGAGGCAGGAGUAUAAGAUCCGCGAGAUGAAGCGUACGCGCAAGUCUGGGCAGCAACCAGCGCGUGACUUCUAUUGCGCCAUGUGCGACAUGUACGCCGCGGACGGUGCCGUUCACCGUACCACUGUCGGCCACCGCAAGCUUAAGAAAUACUUGCACCCAACAUGCACAUGCUGCCACAAGGAGAUGCCGACUCGCAUAGAGUUGGACGAGCACCGUCUCAGCGCGGAGCAUCUCCGGAACAUCCAUGACAAGAAUGAGCUGGUCACCAAGCCCAAGCCGGAAGUGAUGGUGAUCUCGACGCUCACUAUGGAGCAGUCGUACUUGCGCGAGGACCGGGAGCGCCGCAAGCCACAAGACGACAAGGAAAAGACCGCCGAAAAGGAAGGCAACGAGGACGGCGAGGCGGAGGUGAAGACAGAGCCAGCAGAAGGCGAGGAGGCGAAGCCUGAGAAGGAAAGUCUGGACAACGACAACACCAUUCUGGACUACAAGGAGGGUGAUGAUCUGACCAACAUUACACCCGAUAUGCUGCCCGCCUACAGUACCGAGCGCGGCGUAGGCGCCUCCUUCCUGCAACCCUUCCACUGCGUUCAGUGCAAGUUGUGUCGCAAACUCCUAGACGGUGAUGAGACCGCUGAAGUUCAUUUGAGGACCUGGAGGCAUCAUCAGCUCUUCACGCGGCUGCUGACCCAGCAGCAGGAGGCUAAACAGCAAGCAGCCGAAGUUGAAGCCGAGAAGGCCGAACAAGAGUCCAACAAGCGCGUUGCCAAGGCCGAAGAGAGCGGCAACUGGAAGCGACGCCGCACCUCCGAGAACGGGCACGAGGCCAAUGGACUCGGAGACGACGAUAUAAAGGAAGAGGUGGAUGGCGAAGUUGAAGGUGGAGCGGAGUUGCCACCGGACGAUGCCCUGGAGGACUGGGAGCAGAGUGUCGAUGAGAUUCUGCAGGACGAGCAGGAACACGAUCAAGAGGAAAAGAAUGAGGAGGAGGGCGAUGAGUCUCUUGGACAAGAGGAGUCGGAAUCUGUGCCGGCCGAGGAGGAGACCCCCCCGCCCGCCGCGGAGGAGCCCCCCGCCCCCUCCCCCGCCCCCUCCCCCGCGCCCGCCCCCGUGCGCGCCUCCCCGCGCGCGCCCCGCGCCCGCCGCGGCCGGUACUAGGCUGCGCAGUGCGGGCAGGACACACAACACCGCCGCGCAUUUGUUUUAAGAGUAUGGUGGGUUGUUUCUCCAUACCAUAAAAAAAUAAGUAAGCUUAGAUUGCUCACACGUGAGUUAUCUUACUUAAUAAAAAUAAGUUGUAUAAGAGAUAUGGUAAAACGUAUUAUUAAUAACUUGCUUAAC